UAUGAAACUUAGUACUCGCUGUAUUAUGUACUAAAUAAAUUACUAUAGACAUUUACCCAGGUAUUUAUAGGUAGAUCCAUUAUUCAUUAAAAAUAGUUCUUGGAUUUCGACACGAUCUCCUUCUCUUUUUUUGGUGUUGUAUACAUUAUAAAGGAGACGCCCCAAGUUUUUUAAUACUGAUCCUAUCAUCUGAUUUGAUAAUGUUCCACAAGCUUCCAAUUUGUUUGGUGUGUGCUCCUUUUCAGGGUCAAUAAAAAAUGCUGAGUGGUUAACAGAUUGUAAAUGUAUCCAUAAUAAUUGUAUGUUGAGUACGCUCGUUUUUAUUUCAUUUUUAAUUCUAAUUAUUGGUAUAUGAUAGUUUCUCGGUCCCAUUUUUUUUCACCAUUUUUCAAAUUUUAUACUCCGGUGACUAGGAGCACAUUCGCAACCAGUGGUAAGUUUUCGUUCUCUGCAGCAGAAAAUACGCAGCAAAAGCAAUUUAUGUUUUGAACCACAACUGACAAUAGCAACGGAUCUGGUUAAGGCCCCCCAGCAACAGUUGGACGUAUAUUCACCAUUUUCUGUCAAUCCCUCAACAAGUUAUAGUAUAAUGAAAUUCAUCAAUGAUGACGACGACUAUAUUCCAACCGAUAUCUCGGCGUCUAAUACCAUCCAGAGUCCAGACGCCGAUGUGGGAAAUGGAAAAAUCUAGUAACUGCAGGAAUCGCUUUUAUUGUAGUUUUGCGACAGAAAAUAUAGUAUUCAAGACAGUGGUCGCACCGGAUAUCCGGUUAUUGUCAGACGCAGCCAUGGGUGCAGCUGCAGAUAUGGAUUUGCACAAUACACCGUAUCUACGAGAUUUACUGGUUCAUUAUACAAUUAUUAAUGUUCAGAAAGAUUCAAGACUUAUGGAUUUUUUUAAAAAUAGGAAAUUUCAAGCAAAUAAUUUCCUUUCCAAAGAUCCUUCCGUGCGCGUAGAAACCAUCGGAAUGCUUAAUUUGUACAGAAAAAUGCAAAGACUCGGACUCAAACAUAAGUAUAAAUUUAAAUUUUCAGUCUCCCACAUUGGUAUUGACAUCAAAGAGUACACCAUGAACGGAGACCUGGAUUUAAAUCCGGUGCACUCAGUCAGUAAUAACGUCAUGGAUAUUUUGCGUUAUCCCUUGCGGUAUGGUCUUAUACCGAAGAAUUAUUGGUUAGAUCUUAAAAUGUUUCUGAAAACAGUUAUAUUUAAAAAAAUUUAUUUUUCUGAAAAGACAAUUGCGGUUGAGGCCAACGCAGUUGAUUAUAUGGCCUUUCAUAUUAAUUUCAAUGAAGGCGACAUCGAAGCGAUUGUCUUCGACUAUUGGAGCCGGUCUACCAUCGACCUUAUAAAGUACGACGAACGCGUACCCAGAAAUGAGCUUAAAGGCCUACUCAUUAUUUGUUCGAGAAAUUGUGCGUUCCGUCCAAAGUCGUCCCGCAAUAUGAAGUCGAUAUAUUUUUGACGAAUUUUCUGAAAUUCGCCGAUUUUGAUCUG